AUGGAAAAAUCCUUUCUUUUUCACAGCCCUUGUUUUCUUAUCUUCUUCAUCAUCGUCUUCUUAACCACCAGUGGCGUUCACACUGCCUUCAUCUGCGGUGACGAAAGCUUCUCUCUAAACACAACCUAUGACGAAAGCCUCAGUGCUCUAUUACUUUCUCUUGCUUCAAACGUUAUCAGAGAACGCGGCUUCUACAACGCUUCACUAGGUGGAGUUUACGCUCUUGCUCUUUGUCGAAAACACUACGAAGAUAAAGCUUGUCAACGCUGCGUGGAUAGAGUAAGUAGGAGUCUUUUAACUCAAUGCCAAGGCAAAACAGAAGCAUAUCACUGGGAUGCUGAAAACGAUGCAAACGUUUCUUGUCUCGUACGUUACUCAAAUGUCCAUAAAUUUGGUCAACUAAAGCUUGAGCAAGUUGGGAAUCUUCCUCACUCGAGUAUUCCACCUUCUUUGAAUCUGACCCGAAUCAGCCAAGAGUUUUCCGCCAUGGCCAAUCGAACAGUUGAGGUUGCAUCCACGGCUGAUGAGUCCUCUGUAUUGAAGUAUUAUGGAGUCUCAAGUGCAGAGUUUACAGACACUCCUGAGGUUUAUAUGUUGAUGCAAUGCACACCUGAUUUAUCUUCCAGUGACUGUAAUCUUUGUCUGAGAGAGAAUGUUAGGUUUAAUCAAGAACAUAACCGGGACAGAGUAGGUGGAACGGUUUCACGUCCUAGUUGUUAUUUCCGAUGGGAUUUGUACAGUUUCGUUGGAGCUUUCAAUAAUCUAGAGAGAGUUCCUGCACCUCCUCGACCUCCUCAACCUCCUCAACCUGCAGAAAGAUCUCGAGUAAAGAAAGGAAGAAUUUUUCAACCAUGGAGCAUUGUGGUUGUGGUUGUUCCUACGGUCAUCAAUCUUGCCGUGUUUGUUGCUUUUGUACUUGCUUUUCACCGGAUGCGGAGGAGGAUUCAUGCCGGAAUCAACAAAAAUUCUGAUUCUGAUGGUCAAUCUAUGUUAAGUUUUGAUCUUGGCAUGAUCUUAAUUGCAACCGAUGACUUCUCUCCGGAAAAUAAGCUUGGGCAAGGUGGUUUUGGAUCUGUCUAUAAGGGGAUAUUACCAAGCGGUCAAGAGAUAGCGGUAAAGAGAUUAGCUGGAGGUUCAGGACAAGGAGAACUAGAGUUUAAGAAUGAAGUAUUACUCUUGACAAGACUCCAACAUAGGAAUCUAGUUAAGCUUCUUGGUUUCUGUAAUGAAGGAGGUGAAGAGAUUCUUGUCUACGAGCAUGUCCCUAAUUCAAGUCUUGAUCACUUCAUCUUCGACGAAGACAAACGUUGGCUUCUUACAUGGGAUGUGAGGUACAGAAUCAUAGAAGGUGUUGCAAGAGGGCUUCUUUAUCUCCAUGAGGAUUCUCAACUGAGAAUUAUUCAUCGAGACUUGAAGGCGAGCAAUAUCCUUCUAGACGCUGAGAUGAGCCCUAAAGUUGCAGACUUUGGGAUGGCGAGGUUGUUUAACAUGGAUGAGACUAGAGGAGAGACAAGCAGAGUAGUUGGAACCUACGGAUAUAUGGCUCCAGAGUAUGUAAGACACGGACAAUUUUCAGGUAAAUCUGAUGUUUAUAGCUUCGGUGUUAUGCUUUUGGAAAUGAUAAGCGGUGAAAGAAACAAGAACUUCGAAGCAGAAGGACUUCCAGCUUUUGCAUGGAAGAGAUGGAUUGAAGGAGAGCCUGAGAAAAUAAUCGAUCCUUACUUAAACGAGCAUCCGAAAAGCGAGAUCAUCAAGUUGAUUCAGAUUGGUUUGUUGUGUGUUCAAGAGAAUGCAGCAAAAAGACCAACCAUGAACUCUGUAAUUGUGUGGCUUGCAAGAGACGGUACUUUUACAAUACCUAAACCUACAGAAGCCGCUUUCGUCACUCUCCCUCUCUCAGUGACACCUGCUGAUAUAUCCAUGAAUAAGCUUGAAGACAAAGAUCCGUUUUUAGUGGAUGAGGUCUCGAUCACAGUGUUGUAUCCUCGGUGAAUCUUCUAUUUCUUUUUCUGACCUCAUAUGCAAGUGUUGGAUAGAGUAAGCUACAAGAAACAUUGUUCUUAUGAACUUGUUUGUACAAGGUGGUUUAUUCGGAUCAUUCCGUUCAGUUUGGUUAUUUCGGUAUUGAAGUCUUUCACCUAACAAUAACCAAAUAUUCAGUUUGAUUCGGUUUGGUAUUUUUGAUGUUUGUGA